AUGGCAUCACUACUUGAGAUUCACAAAGGUGCGAACCGAAAUAAAGCAACGGAAGGCGAAAUAGUAUGCAUCGAACCUUUGACCGCACCCAAGCAAUUGCUUGCGAUUUUGGCGUUCAUUAAAGCUCGCCAGUCAUUUGCUUGUGUGCCAAUUGAGAACGCCAAAUUAUAUGGUACUAUGCCAAAUCCGAUUAAAUCGGCACCAAGCACAUAUAAAAAUCAACCUGGUCGCAUUGAAGACUACGUAACAGGACGUUCGUCCGUGUCCGAAAAGGAACGCAAAGAGUGGUGGGACGAAGUGAUGGACAUCUUUAAUGGGCACCUGGAUCAAGCCAAGCUCUCGCCACACUACACUGAAGGAAAUCUUUCCAGAGCCCUAGCCAAAGAGUCUGGUUACACGAGUGAUUCGAAUCUGGUAUUCCGCAAGCGCGAAGCACCACAAGCCAGUCCACUUAGCCCAGUCGAGCAAAAGCAAGCCUAUAAGAGCGUACAAGCGGGCGGCGAACCACCAUUAUUUGGUUUUAGAAAGCCAGCACCAGAAAGACCUAGAGGUAAGCACAGAAAAAAUAAAACAGAAAGCUUAAGCUUACCAAAUGCACAGAAGUACUUUAUUGGCAAAAGCAAAUUUUAUGGAUUUGAGGAAAUUAACCUGUUUACUAUGUAG